GCGACAGCCUCGCGAGCCGUUGGGAGUGAUGAGAUACAGAAAGCUAGAGAGAAAGAGGAGCAGCGGAGUUUUGCGCACUGCCGUGUUUCGUUCCCGUUGUGCUGCUGCUCGCACUUGCAUGUCGCCUGUAGCAGCGCCUUUCGUCCCCGGGCUUAAGCGUUAAAGAAUGCCACCGCAAAUGGAGUACUACUGCGCCGAGCCGAGGGCCCCGUCCGCGCGCUGGUCUCGGGACAGGUGGGAGGACGCGGCCAUCAGCUGCAUGCUUGUCGGGGAUGGCGCCGUGGGCAAGACCAGUAUGAUCGUGAGCUACACGGCGAACGGCUACCCUGCUGAGUACCAGCAGACGGCUUUUGACGUCUUCUCUGGACAAGUCCAGGUGGAUGGCAUGCCUGUACGGAUCCAGCUGGUGGACACUGCGGGACAGGAGGAGUUUGAUGGCUUCCGUUCAUUCUGCUAUGCACACACGGACGUCUUCAUCCUCUGUUUCAGCGUCGUCAACCCAGCGUCCUUCCAGAAUGUUACCAAGAAGUGGAUCCCUGAGAUUCGAGCAUGCAACCCUACCUCCCCCGUCAUCCUGGUGGGGACGCAGUCGGACCUCCGGCAUGAUGUCAACGUUCUAAUCCGCUUGGACCAAAGUAAAGUGAAGCCUGUUGUGAGUUCUCGGGCCAAGGAUGUGGCUGAGAAGAUCCGGGCACAGGACUACGUGGAAUGCUCAGCACUAACUCAAAAGAACCUUAAGGAGGCAUUUGAUACAGCCAUCUUUGCUGCCAUUAAGCACAAGGCCCGCCAGGCCAAGAAACUCAAACUGUCGGACGGCACAAAGACUUACUCAAAGUGUGGCUGGAAGAAGUUCUUCUGUUUUGUCUGACUCAUUCUACAAAAUCUGAGACCAACUUAUUAAUUUAUUAAAAAUGAGAAGUGCAAACCACAGGGACUGGCCAGUCUUCCUGCAUUUGUAGGUUGUGGUGAAGGGCCUUGUUUGACUCGAUAUGCAGUCUUGCUCUGAAUGUUCAGUGUCUUCCCUCACGGGAACUGAGGAGAAGAUUGACCAAACUGUAAAUCGAGAAACUUGACACGCAGCAGAUUUGAUAUGAAUAAUAUAUGUUUGAGAGCAGGUCUAAAAGGGACAGUGACUGAACCUUUUGGAGUCUAGCAAGACUGGUGAGGAGCUGCGGAUGACGAUCCGUGUUCGCACUACCACUGCAACAGAAAUGUUAACAGUAAACGCAACAUUUGUGUGGAACUGUGUUGUUUGAAGUCGUUAACCCCUCAUGGGCAGUGUUUGAAGGGUCACAUGGAGGAGUCAAGGACAAGGGACUGUCAUUGGUCCCUUCUCAUAAUGUCACCCACCCUUACAAGAUGGUAUAUUUUAUGUGUUGAUGAUCUGAAGCAAAGCAGCGGUGUUGACCAUCAGUGGGCUUCUGGUUGUCCCACAGGCCUUGUGUUGAUGAACUACACACUGCAAGGUUGCUUCCUAGCAAUGCACAUUUCAGUGGCUAAGGGUGGCACUUCUGAUCAACCUGUGGCUUGUUUUCAGCAUCGCUUAACUAUUCUGUGGAAAUAUGCACCUUAAAUUGCUAAGGCACUUGAUCAUCUGCUAGAAAUAUUGCCCAUGGUACCAGGGCUAAAUACUACAUUCACCUUACAGUGCAGUCUUUUGGAAGGACGUGAUAUGAAAUUCUGUACCCACCAUAGGAAGCCAUAUGUCAAUAUGAAUGUGAAAAUAACUUUUAUGCUUCUUGUAGAAGCUACCUAGUGCUUUUUUGGGAGAAAAAAAAAAGAAUCUGUUUUAAGUUUCUAAAUAAGUUUGUUUGAGAGGACUAGAUGAUAUAGGCAACAUACUUUUACUUCUAAUACGGGAUUUGGUUAGAACUUUCCACACCCAAAUCACACCAUAAUUUUUUAUGUGUUGGAAAAAGUGCUUUUUGUAAGUGGAUGUCUAUAUGAAGUGCUGACAAAUAAAAUGAGGCAUCAAGAUCAUUUAAGCGUCAGUGUUUUAUGGUGAGAAGUGUGUCAUGUUCCCACUUUUUUUUUUUUCCUGAUACAAGCUGGCCAAAACUGGAACUGAACUGUAAAAUAAGCAGUGCUGAUACCCUAGUAAUG